UAUCCAAAUUUGUUUGAUACGAAUUCAACAUACGCAACGAUCCACAUUGUACAUACCCAUCUCUCUGUCCUCAACCCCACUCAUCCCUUUACCCUAAAAAGAGGCGUUCGGUUCCUUCAUAAGACCCCCUCUCUCUCUCUCUCUCUCUCUUGUUUCAGACCGAAACUUCGAACCAAACCAUAGACACUGAAGUGAGAGAGUGAGUGGCCACACACACAAUAUCAUUAAAAAAAAACAAAAAACUGUGUCUCUCUCUUUUUACUUGUUUUGUUCUUGUUAAUUCAACUCAGACCCAAAUCUAUAAUCUAAAUAAAGGUUUCAUUUUUAAGAUUGUUUUGUUAAAUUGAACUAAAAGGGUUAUUGGAUUUUCUGUUAUUUUGGAAUGGCACCAAGUUUUGAUUGUGUUUCUAGCCUUCUUUGCACUGAGGAAGAUAGCAGUGUUUUUGAUGAUGCUGAAUAUGGUGGUGGUGGUUCGGUGGAGGUGUACGGGGAUUCGUGGCGUCCUAGGAAUGAUCAUCAGAUGACUCAACAACGUUAUGAUGGUGUUCCUGAUGAGUUGCCAUUGCAGAGUGAAGAGUGUUUGGUUCUGAUGUUGGAAAAAGAGUGUCAGCAAUGGCCUGGUGCUGAUUAUCUGAAUAAGUUGCGGUUUGGAGAUUUGGAUUUUGAGGCUAGAAAUGAAGUCAUCGAUUGGAUUCAAAAGGUUCGAGCACAUUUCGGUUUUGGUCCUCUUUGUGCUUAUCUAUCCAUUAAUUACAUGGAUCGUUUCCUUUCUGUAUAUGAAUUCCCUAAGGGAAGAGCUUGGACAAUGCAAUUGUUGGCUGUAGCUUGCUUAUCUUUGGCAGCUAAAGUAGAGGAAACUGCUGUUCCUCAGCCUCUUGAUUUGCAGAUUGGUGAAUCCAAGUUUGUAUUUGAAGCUAAAACCAUACAGAGAAUGGAGCUUCUAGUACUCAGCACAUUGAAGUGGAGAAUGCAAGCAAUUACUCCAUUCUCCUUCAUUGAAUGUUUCCUUUCUAAGAUUAAAGAUGAUGAUAAGAGUUCAUUAAGUUCUUCAAUUUCGCGAUCAACUCAACUUAUAUCAAGCACCAUCAAAGGUCUUGACUUCUUGGAAUUCAAACCAUCAGAGAUUGCAGCAGCUGUGGCAACAUGUGUUGUUGGGGAAACCCAAGCAAUUGAUAGUAGCAAAUCAAUUUCCACUCUGAUUCAAUACGUAGAAAAGGGGAGAUUAUUGAAGUGUGUUGGAAAGGUCCAAGAGAUGUCAUUGAACAGUGUGUUCACUGGCAAGGAUUCAAGUGCAUCUUCUGUCCCUAGUGUGCCUCAAAGCCCAAUGGGUGUGUUGGAUACAUUGUGCUUCAGCUACAAAAGUGAUGACACCAAUGCUGGUGGUGGUGGUUCAUGUUCUUCUUCACAUAGUAGUAGCCCAGAUGCUAAAAGGAGGAAGCUAAACAAAACCUGUGGAUCAGAGCUUUUGUAGUCAUGUGGCAUGGGAAUUUUACCAUAUUCCAUAAGGUUACUUUCCCCAAAAAAGGACAUUAUGUGUGUUUUAUGGAAGGUGUCCCCUCAGUUCAAUACCAAAAAAAGGAAGAGAUAUAGCUAGAAAUAAUUAAAAAAAUAUAAAAAUAUAUAUUUAAGAAUCUAAUGCAAAGAGUACCAAAACUAUAAGGUGGGUCAUGAGUGGAAGGUGGGUGAUAAAAUGAAUAGUCCUUGGUAUUGCAUGCUCUUGGCAUGAAGUGAGUAAAUUCACCAGCUGUUAAAUAUUUUGCAUCUUUUUUUAACAGUUAAAGAAAAUUGGAGGAGGGGAAUAAGUAACAGAUUAUUAUUUAUGUAAGUAGAGUCUGAGAUUUUCUUUGGUUCAAUUGUUCUACAUAUAAUGACCUACAAAAGAGAGAACUAUUAUCAUCAUAUUAAUAUUAUAUGAUAUACUUGCGGGAGAUAUUUUAUUUCA